CCCAUCGCAAAAACUUCACCACUCUUUAUCCUUACCAAUGUUCAUAUUCAAAACAUUAAUAAGGUCUAAGGUGCCGUUGACCCCGGUCCGUACGGUCAGCAGACCUCUUUCCCGAAGCUUCAGUGUCUAUGCUCCCAAAUUGAACGCAUCGCCAGUCGCUACGCAAGACCCAUCGCCAUCCCCCGAUGCCACCGAGAAUUUAUCGUUGACAGACUUGAAGGCUACUGGUAAGUUUUCCAAGUCCCUUUUGGAUGCUUUGGACAAGGCCAAGUUCCACACCUUGACCCCUGUCCAGUCCAAGUCGUUGAUGCCCAUCUUGCAGGAGGAAGAAGGAUUGGUGGUCAGAGCCAAAACCGGUACUGGUAAGACCUUGGCGUUUGUCAUUCCUACCAUCCAGAAUCUUAUUGACGAAAAGGGCUCCAGAGCCACCAAGAGCAAGGUGUCUGCUUUGGUGAUUGCCCCUACCAGAGACUUGGCCAUGCAGAUUGAAAACGAAUACAAGAAGGUGAUCUUUGGUCUCAAUGGUGAGCACAAGAAGAAGAUCAGCAUCAGCUUACUCAUGGGUGGUAAGAAGACAGAGAUCGAUACCAGAUACCCUCCAUCGAUUGUUAUUGCUACCCCAGGUAGAUUGGAAGACACUUUGUCCAGACCCAGAUACGCUAAGAUCUUCUCUGGUAUCAACUACAGAAUUUACGAUGAGGCUGAUAGAAUCUUGGACGUGGGAUUCAAGGACUCCUUGGAUAACAUCGAUCGUUUGUUGAAGGAUGCCCGUCAAGAACACUAUCCCGACACUCCCAUGUUCAAGUCUAUCUUAUUCAGUGCCACUAUUGACAAGGGAGUUGACGAGUUCGCCCGUGAACAGAUCAACCCUCAAUACAACUACAUCAACUGUGUUGACGAAAGUGAGGGCGAAGCCCACGAAAACAUUCAUCAAACCUUGGUUGAAACUGAAGACACCACCGAUACUUAUCAAUCCGCCUUGUCAUACAUCUCCACAAACAUGAAUCAACCUAAUUUCAAGGCUAUAGUCUUCUUGCCAACCAUUACUGCCACCGAGUGGUUCUUUUCUGUUUUAAAGGCCGCCAGAAACAAUGAAAUCUAUGACCCAAUUGUUCAUAAGAAGUUCGGCUCCAAGAUCCUCAAGUUGAACGGUAAGAUGUCCCAGAAUGCGAGAGACAACUCGGUCAGACACUUCAGACAAUCCAAGCAUGGCUUGUUGAUCUGUACCGAUGUUGCUGCUAGAGGUUUGGACUUCAGUGAUGUUAGUCAUGUUAUCCAACUCUCCCCAAGUCCUUCGGUUGCUGACUAUAUCCACAAGAUUGGUAGAACUGCUAGAGCAGGUGCCAAGGGUAAAGCCUUGAUCUUCCUUUCCAAGCCCGAACAAAAGUUCAAGAGAAUUUUGGAAAAACAAAGAGGUAUCAAGUUUGCUGAGGAAAUCAAGUCGUCGGAAAUCGAGCAAGUGGACCAAGUCUUCUCGAAGAUUGCUCUUGACGAAGAAGAAGUCGAGAACUUUAUCAAGACUUUCUUGGGUUUCCAAAAGCAAGUUUCUUCAGUCUUCAGAUUGGAUUUCGAGACUAUGGUGGCCGACGUCAUCAAAUUCUACAGAGUUUUGUUGAGAGAUGAAGACCUCAAGCUCUUCGUCACCAAGAACUUCAUUAGCCAGAUCUUAAACAUUGACUUCAGAGUUGCUGAGCAGUACUUCGAAGUCCCUGGAGGGUUCAAAAUGAUGAAUAACAACAGAAGUGCCAAGAGAAACACCUUUUCAAACUUUGGUGAAAGAGGCGGAAGAGGUAAGAAAUCAUAUGGUUCUAAGUCCUACUCUGGAAGCAGAGAUGGUGGAUCAAGAUCCUACUCAGGAAACAGAGAUGGUGGUUCGAGAUCUUACUCAGGAAACAGAGAGAACUCCAGAUCAUACAAUAGAAAUGACAGGUCUGGCGACAGAAAGUCAUUCAACAGUUACGAUAGAUAUUAAACAUAGACACCAAUGCUGAUGCAAGAUGUCUUGGUGUAUAUUAAGCACGAGUGCUAAUUGUAUAUAGUGACCGGUCCAUGACUCCAAACUGUAUAUAGGAGUCAACAUAAUUCAAGACAAGGGAUAAUGAGCUAAGAUGUAGUGAUGAUAUAUGCAAAAGGAUGGAAUCAGUUGGAGGAGCUAGCACUUCAUAUUAAUCAAAAAGUCAACUGGCGUGGUGCUUACAUAUUCUAUCCGUUCCACCGCUUACCACGAAUCCGUUCAUCUGAUCUGCGAGUUCUAUUAACCAAGCCAGCUGGGAAAUAGUCUCUUCUGCGUUUUUUCUUACCACUAGUACCUCUGACCUCCAUCUCAUCAAUGUAUGCAUCUCUGGUUAAUAUGACGUACACCAACAAGCACGCAAGAAGCACACUAUUGAAUAUGGAAAGGCGUUUAUGAAAGGUGAUUUCGCUACCCAAUACCUCCACU